UCAGAAAGAAGGAAGGUACAAGGGAAGGAAGUUCAGUUCAGUAUGUCAUUUCUUUGGAUAUCAGGCUCGAGGAUCUACACCAUCAAAUUUCGACUGUGACUAUGCUUAUGCUCUUGGACGUAUCUCCCUGCAUAUGAUUGCAGUUGGAUUGACUGACUAUAUGGCAAUUGUGGCUAAUCUGAAAGACCCUGUUGACAAAUGGAGAUGUGCUGCUGCUCCUUUAACUAUAAUAAGAUGUCACUGACCAUGCCUUCAAGAUCAGACGCUGAAAGGUUACUUAUCUAUUUAUGUUGACCUAGUUGCACAAUCUGUUGUCUCUACCAGGCGAUGAUGAGUGUGAAAAGGCAUUUACGUGGCCCUGGAGCAAUCCCUAUAGGGAGGCCUUCCAUUCACCCUUCUCCAAUUGACCUAAAAGGGAAUGCUUAUGAGUUGCUGCGAGAGAAGGCUUCAAGCUUCCUCCUUGACGACUUCUACAGGACUCCAGGAGGUAUUCAGUUCGAAGGGCCUGGUUCAGAUGCAAAGCCCAUCACGCUGACCAUUGAGAACCAGGACUACAUGGGUGACAUUGAGAUACUGAAAGAGUACCUUGGCAAGGUUAGGACCAUGGUGAAGCCAGGGUGCUCCUGGGAGAUCCUGAAGGCGGCGAUCAGUUCCAUGGUGUCGGUGACGGAUGUGCUGACUGUGAUGUCCCACCCCCUCAACGCCGAGCUGCCCCUCUACCAUUUCAAGCUGCAUAUAUUCAACAUUAUGAAUGCAUGGUAACUAUUUUGCAUGCCUAUGACGAGAAUCAUCACUUUUGGAGCAUGGGUGCUUUGUGCACAUAUAACCAAACUGCUAAAAUAUUUGCAGUUAUGUAUAUGUUUAAGCGAUCCCUGACCAACUCUUCAAUUAUGCCACUAAUGUACUAAAUAAAUAUGUACGACCAUAUCGGUUGAUUCAACAGCUUCUGUUAGCGCUAGAAUUAUCAUCUAUGUACACUAUGAGCUCUUUAAACGCUAGAGUUUUGUUAAAUUUGAUUUUGCACU